AUGUCAAGUUAUUAUACUGAUAGAAAUAUUCCAAAACAUGAUGGCAUAGAAGCUUCAGAAUCAAUAUUUUACGAGUCGUGCUCAAACAUCAAUACCACAGAUCAUGCCAACAAUUUCAGAAAUUCAUUAUUUCUAAAAAAAAUUGAUAUCGACAAUAUUUCUGCUGCAACAAAAGAUGAUCCUGUUGAUAUUACAUCCAUAAAAAUAAACUAUAACAAAAAUAAAAAUACCCCCACUAACGUACCUAUCCAAUUAUUGGACGAUGAUGUUGAUACACAUCAAGAGGUUCAAACACAGACUAUUAAGUUUAGUACUUCGCCGUCCCUAACAGCACUAGCUGAUUUAAUUAAAACAGAAUGUUCCAACGGAAAUAAAGAUAUGUCUACCACAAUGAAUUUAGAUUCUAGUAACAAUUCAGAAUCCGUAAGCAAUACAAACAUAACGUACCCUUCAACUAAUCAACGUGUAGCAGACGUCACAUCAUACACAUAUACAACAGAACCACAUAUAUUUCCAAGCUUGAAAAAACAUUUACAGCAUACACAAAAAUCAUCUGCUUCUAUAACAUCACCUAUGGAACAACACCAAAAAAAUAAACUCGUACAUGAAUCAAUGAAAAAAAAAAAGAGCAUCUUUUCAAUAUUUAAAAAAAAACCCGCAACGAGUAAUAAUGAAAAUGAAAAGACAACUACCAUAACUUCCACAAAUAAAUCUGGCAACAAUAAUAAUUAUACUAGUGAUAAAAGUAGCAAUAACAAAAGUAAUUCUACUACUAUUAAUGAUGACGAGCCGCUGCCAAUAUCAGGUACGUUUAGCUCUAAAUUACCUCCAUCAUCAACAUAUUCGUCUAUUUCAUCAUCUACCUCCACUUCAACAUCAUUUAGUCACGAAAAAUCAAAUAAAAGUUUACAAUAUCAAGAUAAUGUUACGGUGAAAUCUUCAACGAGUGGUAGUAAUUUGCUUUAUAAUUUCAAGAAAAACUUAUCCAAGAGUUCUUUGCAUGAAUCUUUCACCUCUCAUAAUGGCGGAUCUAACGCGUCCAAUGACACCCACAAUUUUCAAAAAAAAGAUCACGGUACUGUUGAUACUGAUUACCAUCACAAGUUUCACUUUCCAGACGGCCCCGAUACAGAUGGCUUAAAUGCAGAUUUCCCGGUAAAAAGGAAUGAUGUCUAUUAUAAACAAAAAAUUAGGCCUUUAAAUUUGCAAAAAUUAACGUCGCCAGUAAAAAUUAUCGGCGAUGCAAUUAACAAUGAUAAGAAGAAUAUCAAGUCUUUUGAAAAGUCUGAGUCAACUCCUAAACUAGCUGGGAAAGCGGUGCUUCCUAAAGUAUUAGAUGAAAAUGAAGUUGGAUCUAUUGUUUCUUUAGAGCGUCAACUAUCGGCUUCCAGUCUUAGGGAUAACCGCAAUAAGGAUAAGACUUCGAGUGAUUUGAAUGCUUCUAUAACGACAUUGGAAAAAUUACUUAAUGAUACUAUAUCAGUAAAAACAGAGAAUGAAGGUAUGGUUAUAGAAGAAGUGGGUAAUAAUGUCAAGAAGAGUACUCCGGAUUUGACAAAAUCGCCAACCAGUAGCAUUUUAAAAAAUGGUAAAUUUGAUAAUUAUAAGGUCAAUACUAAUGAUAAGGUCAAUACUAAUGAUAAGGACGUUACCAUUUCAAAUAGCGUUUAUAGUACUAGUUUGGACACAAUAAACGAUGAUGACUUUUUAUAUGAAUCUGAUGUAAACAAACAUAAUAAGGUAAAGGCUUCAGACAUAGAUGAUAGGGAAAGCAAAAUAUUUACCGCCGAUACCGAUGGCCAGCAACCUCAAUCUUUUUUAAAAAGAUUUACCAUCUCUUCCUCUUUUUCAAACUAUGAUGAUUCAGAAUAUGCGAAUGACAUUAUAGAGUUUGCAAAUAUCAUUGACUUUGGUGGAGAUUUAGAUUUAAGUUUAGACACAAAUAUUAAUAAGGAAAACAAUGAUGAUAUGAUUAUUGAUAGUAGUAUGCUUAACGAAUAUAAAACGUUAAAUCCAAAAAGUUCGAUUGAUAUAUUAGAGGAACUUACCACAAAAAAAGAAUUUAGUUUCGAGGAGCCCUUAACUUCAAAUUUGGAAGAAGACGAUGAAGAGAAAGAAGAAACGGGAGGGGGAAAGAAAGAUGACGAGGAGUAUUAUUAUUAUGGAGAUAACAAUCAGAAAAUUAGUAUAGAUUUGGAAGAUGAAAAUCCAGAAUAUACACCUCGUGAUAUAACAUAUUCUAUAAAUCCAAUCAAUAAUGAUAAUGAUGAAACAUACCAAGACUUUUCAAUUGGGAAUGAAGGCAGUGAACCAAUAUUAAUAAUUCCUCCUAGAAUUAUUGGAAAUAAUAAUGCAUAUGGGAACUUUAAAGGCUUAAAUAAUAAUGAUAAGUUAGAAAACGGUAAUAACUCAUUUGGUAGUACUGGGACAGAUCCUUCGUUUGAGACAAAUAACUUUAAUGAUGGUGAAGCUAAUCUUCCGACAACCAAGAAAACUAUCAACUUUUCAUCCAAAAUAUUAUUAUUUGAAACAUAUUCAGAAGAAGAAUAUGAUAGACAUCCAGAUUUAGCCACUUGUAACCAAUUAACAGCCCAAUUGGCGGUACAGAUUAAGCAAGAAUUAAAUCAACUUAAAAGCGAAAUGGAGAUCCAUGAGGACUCAAAAAAAUAUACACAUUUCUUUUAA